GGGCGCUGCCGCCUCUUGCUGCAGUCCCCAAAAUGAGUUUCACGGCGGAGAGCCACUUUCUCUGCCCGAGCGGGCUCCGCAAGGCUCGGCCGGCCUCGGUGUCCUCCAGCGGCUUCCACUCCGAGCGCCGACGCCUCACCUCGGGCCAGCCGUCCUCCGGGAGCGAGAAGGAGAUCCUGCGGGCGCUCAACGACCGCUUCGCCGGCUACAUCGACAAGGUGCGCAGCCUGGAGAUGCGCAACCGCAACCUGGAGGCGGAAGCGGCGGCUUUGCGGCAGCGCCAGAGCGGCCGAGCGUCGGUGGCGGAGUACUACGAGCGUGAGCUGGACGACCUCCGCGGGCUCGUGCGCCAGCUUAGCGGGGACAAGGGUCGCGCGGCCGCGGAGUACGAACGCCUGGAGGAGGACAUCCAGCGGCUGCGGGCCCGCCUGGAGGAGGAAGCUCGCGGCCGGGAGGAGCUGGACGCCGCCGCGCGGGCUAUGAAGAAGUACGUGGACGAGUGCCAGCUGGGCCGGACGGAGCUGGACAGGAAAGCGGGCGCCCUGGACGACGAGGCCGCCUUCCUCAAGAAGAACCACCACGAGGAAGUGGCCGAGCUCCUGGCGCACAUUCAGGGCGCGCAGAUGACCUUUGACCUGCGUGACUCGCUCAAAGCGGAUGUGACCGGAGCCUUGCGGGAGAUCCGCGCACAGCUCGACUCCCACGCAACCGAGAGCGCCAUGCAAGCAGAGGACUGGUACAACGUGCGCAUGGAGCGUCUGACAGAGGCGGCCAGGUCCAACCAAGACGGCAUCCGCGGGACCCAAGAGGAGAUCGUGGAAUACCGCCGUCAGGUCCAGAGUCGCACCAUCGAGCUGGAGACUCUCCGAGGAACCAAGGGGUCCCUGGAGAGGCAGUGUAUGGAGAGUGAGGACAGACACCAGGAAGACCUCGACUCACUUCAGGACACCAUCAAUCAUUUGGACUCAGAGCUGAAAAACACAAAAUGGGAGAUGGCCAGCCAGCUAAAGAAUUAUCAGGAGCUACUGAAUGUGAAGAUGGCUCUCGAUAUUGAAAUAGCCGCUUACAGAAAGCUCCUGGAGGGAGAAGAGAGUCGUCUUGUGUCAGGAAGUCCCUAUUGCUACUUGGAUCGUAGAAUUUCGGCACAUUUGAAAGUGAAAGAAGAUAAAGUGAUUGUUGAAGAGCAGACAGACGAGACUCAGGUCACGGAGGUGACAGAAGAGGAGGAAGACGGUGAGGAAGGCAAAAAGGAAGAAAAAGCACAGGAAAAGGAGGAUGACAAAAGAGAGGACGCGGCCAAGCAAGAGGAGAUGCCCGAAUUGCCAGAGAAAGUCCCGAAUUCCCCUCAGGCAAAAUCUCCCCCAAAAUCACCAGAGAAAGUCUCCAAUUCUCCUCAGCCAAAAUCCCCACCAGCCAAAUCUCCUGCACAGUCACCAAAAUCCAAAUCUCCUCCUCCCAAGACACCUGAACCUCCAGAGGAGAAUGUCAAGCCUGCGCCUGCUCCCAAAGACGACACUAAGGAGGAGAAAAAGGACAAGCCUCAGCCUGCUAAAGAUGAAAAGAAGGAGCCAUCAGUUCAAAAGGAAAAGAACGAAGCAGAGAAUAAAGAGGAGGAUGACAAACCUGAUGUAAAGAAAGCAAGCCAAGCAUCUGAGGUGCCAAAGAAGGAAGAAACUCCAAAAGCUGCAAAGCCUGCUGAGAACAAUGCUCCGGUCUCCAAACCUAAAGAGGAGGCUUCUACCCCAGUUGAGAAGCCCUCUGCUCCUAAAUUGGCAAAGGCAGAGCCAGAGAAAACAGAGAAGAAGCAGGAGGAGAAACCUACGCCAAAAGUUGAACCCGAGAAACCGGAGAGCAAGAAACCAGAAGAGAAAACGGAGACCAGUAAAGGAGCCGACAACAGCGGGAAGAAAUCUCCUGGCACAGAAUCCAGACACAAAGGAAGACAAGGGCAAUAAGUAAAGCUAGAGUGGACAAAAAAACCAAACUUUAUGGGUGAGAGCAAGAAGGAUGCUCAAGCAUAAGCAAUCUUUAUUUUGACUGUCCUGCUCCUAAUGUAUGCACCAUUCAAGCUCGUAUUGUCUGGAGGUAACACUGUUUAUCAAGCUCUUUAAGUGAAUGUGCAUUUACACCGUACCUGCACCAGGCCUUCAAGGACAGAUGCCAAGCCACAAAUAAUAUAUUUAAAUAUAUACAAAUAUCUAUGCUAUAUUAUAUUUGCUAUAUUAGUAAUUAGUAAGACAGAUCUGGAUGCUUGUUGUGCACUUCAUUUCUCCUGCGAUGCUCUGACAAUAUUGACUGUGAUCUGUAGAAACCUGCUAAACUGACCAAUUGCAAAACAAAAAUAAAGAAUGACAACACAA